CCAUUAUGAAAAAUGGCCGACGGAGUAAGUGAAACAAACACAGCUGCUGAGGAAAGCGACGCCAAAGAAGAGGACCCCAAAGUUUUGGAAGUUCUUCCAGACAGCCACCCUGUUGGCGUUAGCAGCGAUGAAGAGACUUCAAAAGACAAACCGGCGACCGAGAGCAACUGGUCAACACCGAUCCUGUUGCUGGCACGGAAGGCAACCGAGACGAUCAGCAGUGGGGUCAGCUACGGUGCAGCGUUGAGAAACGCCACAUCUUCGGGAUCUGCCGCGAGCUCUCUGAAGUGUCCGACUAAACAAAACUCUUCGGAGAAUGACACCAACGCUAACCAAUACCUACCGGCAGUGAAGGACCAUAUGGCUGUGGAGCGCUCCAACCUGUUCAGUAUGAUGAAGCUGAGUAUUAAGGGUCUGAUCCAGUCUUCUCUAAGUCUGGGCAGAACCCUGGACUCUGACUACCCUCCUCUGCAGCAGUUCUUUGUGGUUCUGGAGCAGUGCCUCAAACACGGACUGAAAGUAAAGAAGUCAUUCAUCAAUCAGAAUAAGUCUAUCUGGGGUCCUCUGGAGCUGGUUCAGAAGCUGUGUCCUGAUUCUACUGAUAUUACCACCAGUGCCAGAGACCUGCCAGGGAUAAAGACUGGGUUGGGUCGGGCUCGGGCCUGGCUGCAUCUGGCCCUGAUGCAGAAGAAGUUGUCUGACUACCUGAAAGCCCUGCUGGACCAUAAAUACCUCCUGGUUGAGUUCUAUGAUCCAGGAGCGUUGAUGAUGGGGGAGGAGGGAACAGUGAUAGGAGGGAUGCUGGUGGGGCUAAACGUCAUUGAUGCUAACCUCUGUAUCAAAGGAGAGGACCUGGACUCCCAGGUCGGGGUCAUAGACUUCUCCUUGUACCUGAAGGACCCUAUGACCACUGAGACCACUAAGGAUGAUACUAAGAUGACGGCCAUAUUGGACCAGAAGCACUACAUUGAGGAGCUGAACAGACACCUGAGCUGCUCUGUCUCUGACCUGCAGGCCAAGAUGGACUCCAUAGAGAAGACCAACGGCAAGCUCAUUGAGGAGUUGACAGCAGCGACAGACAGAAUUAACUCUUUACGGGAGGAACAGGAAACACUGAGACAUGAGAAUGAGACCAUCGUCCAGAGCAACCAGAAGAAAGAGGAGGUGACCCUGGAGGACAGUGCAGUAGAGCUGGAGACAUACAGACAGACACGACAGGGCCUGGAUGAGAUGUACAGUGUGGUCUGGAAACAGUACCAGGAGGAGAAACGCAUCAGACAGGAGUUGGAGAGGGAGCUGGAGCUGCAGAUAGGACUAAAGCAGGAGAUGGAGAUGGCCAUGAGGCUGCUGGAGAAAGACACACAUGAGAAACAGGACACACUGCAAGCCCUCCGACAACAACUAGACCAGGUCAAAACCCUCAACCUGCAGAUGUUCCAUAAGACACAGGACUGUGAGCGUGAGGCCCAGAGGAAGCAGGAGGAAGAGGGACAGCUGGAGGAGAAGAUAAACCAGAUGAAGACCACCAUUAAGGAGAUGGAGCAGAGCCCAUGUAUUUUCAGACUGCAGAACUCUGAGCGUGAUCGCAGACAAAGUGACCAGAUGGACAUGAGGACAGAGCUGGAGGGCAGGGUAGACUCCCUACAGAAACAACUGUCUGACCUGGACACACUGAGGUACGUAAGCACGGGGAUAUACACACACACACACAGACGUUGUGACCCACUCCCCUAUCUCCCUAGGCUGGGUCUGGAGAGUGAUCUGUGCAGUGAGAAGGAGCAGAGACAGGCCAUUCAGAGAGCUCUACAGAGAGAACAGGACAACAGCACCGAGCUACGCACCCAACUACAGCAGAUACAGGGGCUACACACGGAGCUGCAGGAUGUUCGUCAGGAGAAGCAGCAGCUCCAGCAGACCUGUCAGGAGCAGGAGACGGCCUUACAGGAGAUGGGCCUACACCUCAGCCAGUCUAAACUGAAGAUGGAGGACUUCAAAGAGGUCAACAAAGCCCUGAAGGGCCAAGCCUGGCUGAAAGAUGAUGAGGCUACACAGUGUAAACAAUGUCAGAAGGAGUUCUCCAUCGCUCGCAGAAAGCACCACUGUAGGAACUGUGGAGAUAUCUACUGUAACAGUUGUUCUACUAACGAGUUGGCCCUGCCCUCCUACCCUCGACCUGUACGAGUCUGUGACAUCUGCCACUCACUACUGCUGCAGAGGAGCAUCUCUUCCUCCUGACGGAACACACACACACACCUCUUCUUCCUCCUGACGGAACACACACACACACACACCUCUUCUUCCUCCUGACGGAACACACACACACCUCUUCUUCCUCCUGACGGAACACACACACACACACCUCUUCUUCCUCCUGACGGAACACACACACCUCUUCUUCCUCCUGACGGAACACACACACACACACCUCUUCUUCCUCCUGACGGAACACCCACCCUCACUAAUAAUCUUUCUUUCCUCACUGUGCUCAAAGCCCACAGAGAACAUUUUAAUCAAAUUUGAGCAGGGAGGCUGUUUCAAGUUCUGUUUUGCCACUAGCCUGAAAUUCAGGAUGUUUGGGCACGGUUGACUGUUGAACCCUCUGCUUUAUUUUGGGUUAAUACUGCCUUUUCUCAUAUUUUGAAAUCCACCCAGGGGAGUUUAAAGUAAGGUUGAUAAAGAAUAGUUAGUUAGCCAGCUAAUUGUCAUUGUUACUAACUCCAUAUUCCUCUAGGAUGCUGAAUUUAAAAUGAUAGUUGUAGGAGGGGGUGUAAGAGUAUGGAACACGUCAGUAUUAUGAAUGACCCAGAAUGCAACAAUUGUGGGAAAAUGUUAGAUGAACUGACCUUCAAUAAUUUCAUUGUUGAUUCACUUAUUAUAGACCUUUUCAAAACUCUUAUAGGCGAUUAUAUAUAGUUUCACAUGAUUCUUUCACUUCCAUUGAAGCAAAGGAACCAAGUUCAUUUCCUCAACCUGCCUUCCUGAACAAUUGUGGAUUUGUUAAGUUUUUGUUGUUGUAAAUGACUACAGAAUGUUAACACGUACCAAGAAAGGUCUAUUUUAGAAUGUGUAUAAAUAAAUCAUUUUGUGACUAGUGCUACUAAACAGCAUUGGGGCUUGUUUUGAGCAACAUGUUUUCUAAUUUAAUAAAAAGUAUCUGAAUGUG